AUCCCCGUCUCAACUUUCAACUCUCUCAGUUGUCUGCUUGGUAUGCAACUCACGGGGAAUGGCAGGUAACAGCUUUGCAGCUCCGGCGAUUCUCAGGAAAGUAAUAAGGGCAGUUAUAGACAUUCGUCCCCUCCAUAGUCAUAAGCUUUCCCAUUAUGGAUUAAUACGUCGCUCUGUUCCUCUCGUAACAACACCUUGGAAUUCUUCUGUUGCAGGCAUAUGUAGUCUGCCCAAUGCUAAGAAGUGGGAGGACACUGAUGCUUUGGUUCAAGGAGUAGGGGAUAAGGAUGCAAUAGAGGCUGUGAAGCAUACUCUUGAAAUGGCAAGACGGGCAUCAUCCAGAAGAGAAGUUCUCCACACAAAUUUUCUUACACCGCCCAUUCUAAAGGAGUCAAUGCUUGCAUUGGAGAAAUUGGCUGAUGUUAAAGCAGUAGCUCAGGGAGGAUAUCCACAGGCUGAACGUUGUCGGCUUUCGGUUGGACACUUUGAAGUAAUGACCACCGAUCCUGAUAUUGUUGCUGCAUUAAGUAUCACAGGAAAUUUUGGGUUUCAACCUUGUUCUCAUGGUGACUUCCUUGGCGCAAUUCUUGGUACAGGGAUUGCAAGGGAGAAGCUUGGAGAUAUUCUCUUGCAGGGCGAGAAGGGGGCUCAGGUUCUUAUAGUUCCAGAACUUGUUGAGUUUCUUGUUUUGUCAUUGGACAAGGUUGGCAAUGUCCCAGUCUCUUGUUCAAAGAUACCCUUGCUUGCUUUAGAAUAUGAGCCACCAAGGACUAAAUCAUUUAAAGCCAUUGAAGCAUCUUUGAGAGUUGAUGCACUAGCUAGUGCUGGGUUUAAGAUUUCACGUUCAAAACUAGUUGAUCUGAUCAGUGGAGAUGUCCGCAUCAACUGGAAUACUGUGACAAAAAAUGGAACUACACUCAAAACUGGAGAUAUUGUUUCAGUUAGUGGUAAAGGAAGGCUGAAGAUUGGGGAAAUCAACACAACGAAGAAGGGAAAGUUUGCAGUUGAGCUUAUUCAAUAUUUAUAAGCUUCAAUGCAGCACAAAUUCUCAGUCGUUCAUCAUGGUUAAUUGGAAGCACUGAAAUAGAAGUUCAAGUGAGAGCUCGGUACCCUAUUAUUG